CUAAGCACCUUCACCAUUACCAUUCUCUCUUCUGUUUUUUUAUCAAUGUCAAACUCUGAAUCUGAAGUUUUUUCAUCUCCGUCUUCUGACUCGGUUGCCGAGUCAUCUCCGGUUAAGGUUCAACUGGUUUCUAAAUCCGUAUCGGACCGCCUUCUAGGCAAGUUCUUCGAUGUGUCGGAGUUCAACUUUGAUUACUCCAAGAGUGGGAUUUGGUCUCCCCCUGUUCAAAGAAGUGUCUUUAUGAGUUCACCUGGGAGAAUAUUCAAUGAACAAGAUAUGCUGGAAAGGCUCAAAGUUGUCAUGGAAAGACGUCGUGGUAGUAGAAGAUUCAAUGCUUGUUUCAACGUAUGAUCACUAUAUCAUUCGUUUCGAGA